AGCCACUUAAACUUAGUGAAGAUGAUGGAGUCAAGAACAGUACUCCAAAGAGGAAUAUGAAAGAAGUUUCACAUCAGAUGUUACAGAAGGUACAACAACUAGAAAGAAGAGUCAAAGCUAUUGAAGGGGAAUUAAAGAAACAGAAAGAAGUAAAUAAAGAUUUAUUGAAGGAGAAAAAUUAUUUGAAAGCAUCUUUAAAACUGCAAAAGGAAGAUGCAGACGCAAGAGAAGGAGAGCUAGAAACACUACUGAGGAGGAUCUGUGAAAUAAAAAAAGACAAAGCAGAACUUCAGUUAGUGAUUGAUGAGCAGGAAAAGGAAGCUGCCUCUUUGAAGAGACAAGUGGCAGAAGCUAACAGGUUGAGAAACGAGAAUGAAGAUUUGCUGAGUCAACUGCAGGGGCUGAAGUGUUUGCUGGAUGAAGCCAAAGCAGUGGCAACCUCUGGGCAAUGUAAUUGCAAGAUAACAGGCACCAAGGUUAAAUUAAAAACAGCCAAGAAAAAGAGCUCUUUGGGACAUCAUGGAGCUUUUCUCAAACAGUCUAUCAAGGUUAUGAGUAAUGUAUUUGAGAACUUCAGUAAGGACGGCUGGGAGGAUGUGAGUGAAAGCAGUGACUCUGAAAUACCAACUUCUGAAAGUUUGGAAACAGUGAUUAUGAAGACAGUGCAAAACAUUGAUCCACUGCCAGACAGAAGUAAACAACAGGGAAAAACGCAAAUGCAAGAUAGUCAAAAGCCCUGCAACAUUGUUCAUUUAGGAGGCAAAAACCAGCAGUAUAAUAAAAAGGACCGUUCACUGAAUAAAGACCUAGAAAAGUUACAUUCCAAGAGGAGGAAGAUCUGCUGUCUCAUAACAUCUUAUCCAUCAAUUCUAAACAAAGUGAACAGAACAAAAAGGAGAAAUAUCGUUGUCCAGAAACCGGGUUACUCUGUUAGCCUACUGCAGGAAAGAAUUAAGUCAUUGCAGCAACAGAUAGCUGUUUUACAGAAUGAAAAGAAGAUAGCAGUGUCUUCUGUGAAGGGAUUUAAAGAAAUCAAUGAAAAAUUAACAACUGAGCUACAUUUGGCUGAUCAGAGACUUCAAACUAGUAAACUGACCAUACAGGUGUUGACCUCCAACCUGGCCGAGUGGCAACAGGAGAAGGAAGAUUUACAAGGAAAAUUGAAGUUGAGAGAACAUCUGUCUCAAACUGCUGGCAAGAGUGAAGCCACACCAGCUCCUUCAAAGAACGUUGAUUUAGAGAUGAAACAGCUGCAAUGCAAACUAAAGAAUUCGAAUAAUGAAAUCACUAAGCAAUUGACCACCAUUAAGUCACUGAAAAAUGAAGUCCAGGAAAAAGAAGAACGGAUUCGGGAACUACAGGCGAAGAUUUCUCAAUUGGAGAGGGACCUUAAUAUGAAAAGACAUUUGAUAGAAGACUUAAGGUCUCGUCUAAAAGCAAAUCAAGAAAAUGAGAAGACUUCUAAUGAAACGUUAGAAAGUCUUGAGAGAAAGGUAAAGGCACUGGCUGAAGACUGUUCGAACAAAAAAACUUCCAUUGACUCACUGAAACAAAGACUUAAUGUAGCUACAAAAGAGAAGUCUCAGUAUGAGCAGAUGUAUCACAAGGCUAAAGAUGAGUUGGAGAAAAAGGAUCUCAAGCUUACCAAUCUAGAGAGCAAAAUGAUUGAGACUGAAUGUGCUAUGGCUGAACUUGAGACUACUGCAUCUCAACAACUACAUGACCUGGCUAAACAGAGUGGACAGGCUUUGGAAACUAUACAGAAGAAGCUGCUGCUCACUAAUGACAAAGUAGAAGAGUUCAUGACAUUUGUGAAGGCUCUAACCAGAGAGUUACAGCACAGGGUACAAGAGCUGAGAACAAAAAUCAAGCAGGCAAAAAAAAUGGGAGAAGUGAGAGCAUGCAAAAAGGGUCUUUCCCAAGAGUCUGUUCAGUUGGCAGCAUCUAUCCUUAAUGUUUCAACUACUGAUCUUGAGGAGAUAUUAGAAGUAGAAGAUGAUGAGGAAACAACAAAGACAAAAAUGGAAUUUGAAAAAGAUAAAGAAUGGCUGCAGUAUAUACAGAAGCUUCUUGAAGCACAG